AGAAUUUUUUUUAAGCAGAUCUUUAUCUCAUUGACAUGACACCAGUUGCAUUAUUAAUUAAAACAAUAUACAUGUUUUUAUUAUGUCAACAAAUACUACUUAUUUGUUAUUAUAAUAUUGUAAACAAUAACAAACAAGUAGCAUCUUGUUUUUUGUUUUGUUUCUCUCUCUCUCUCUUUUUUUUUUAUCUAUGAACGGUACCAUCAGAGGGCAACCCAGUUGCCAUUGACAACCGGGAAAAUUUAAUAUUUAUUAUUUUUUUAUUUACUUUUAUUAUUGUUACAUUUUAUAAUAAUAAUUACCACUUUUUUUUAAUAAAUAAUAAUUAAGUAUGGAUUCUGACAGUGAUGAUGAUGAGGAUAUUACUGGAUUGAUAUCAAAACCUCCAACAAAAUAUAUUCCUCCAGCAAGAUACAUUUCACGACAUCGUAAUUCAAUAAAAUCAGAUCUAAGUCGAAGUAAAAGUGCUCAUCUAACACUUGGAGUACCAAAUGUUCCAUUAAAUCCUCCAGAAGAAUAUUUAAAAAAACAAUCAAGGACAAUUAUUAAGAGAGAUGAUAUUAAUCAUAAGCAUUAUCAUCGACCUGAUUAUCAACAUAAGCUACCAUCCUGGGAACCAAUUAAAAGGUCAUCAAAAUCCAUCAAUGGUGAUGAUAAAAAUACAUCAACAAUGAAUUCAGUUGAUUUUAGAAAACGUAAUAUUAGUAAUGUUAAAAAAUCACAGCCUUCAAUGCCAAGAAUGUAUUAUGUUGAUGAUAGAAGAGGUAGUUCAUUUCCACUUUUAUCAAGUGGACUUGUUCCUCGUCAUAUAAGUUAUGAUAAAUCAAAUAGUAAAAGCAACCAGAUUAAAAAAAUUACUAAUGAAAAUAAAACUAUCAGAUCUUCGUCUACUGAUAGAGGAACAGUUGAAAAUGCAUCUCAAAGAAGAUCAACAAGUGAAUCAAAAAAAUCACAAAAUUUAAAUACAACUAAUCGAGAAUCAACUCGAGAUAAUUCUGAUAAAUUAAUAAAUACUAAAAAAAAACAAACGUCAGUAUCAAAAAAUGAUUCUAAAAAAUUAAAUAAUAAUACUAAAAAAAAUAGUCAUCAAUCAAAAAUUGUAAAAUCAGCCAAUGAUAAAUUACAUGGUGUCAUGAAAAAUAAUAAUCAAUCAACAAUUUCAAAAUCAGCCAAUGAAAAGUUACAUAAUGUCAUGAAGAAAAAUGAUCAAUCAACAAUUUUAAAAUCAGAUAACGAAAGAUCAAUGAGUUUAGAAAAUAAUAAAAAAAGACUAUCAAGUUCAGCUAGAAGAUCAACUGGAAGAGAAUCAAAUUGUCAUUUUGUUACAGAAGAAGAACGAGCUGAGCUUCUUUUGGGAAUGAAAAAUAAAUGGGAUGAAUUGAUGAAAAGAUUUCAAAGUCUUCCAUUUUUAUCAGACACACCACCAAAAGCCAAACGUAAAUCAAUGCUUGAAGAACAACUUAAACAGCUUGAAAAAGACAUUGAUAAUAUUCAACGUCAUCCUUAUAUUUAUGUCUAUGACAAUGAUAAUAAUUAA